CUGGCCCUAAGGAAAGGGGACAUGGUCCCAGGGAGAAAAUAAGAAAAGAGGUGUUUUUUUGGACUUAGGGAACAUAGCACCAAGCUGGACGCAGCCCCAAUCCCCAUUCUUACCCAGUCAUUCCUAGUUAGCUCACAAGGUUCUGAAUCCUGGGGCUGGGGAAGCUGGGCCAGGCAAGCCAAGGCACAAGGAGAGGGUAAUGGGAGGAGGGCUCAUGCAUGUUGACAGACCUACAGGAAAUCCCAAUAUUGAAUCAGGUGCAGGCCUCUUUGCACAACUUGUGAAAGAAGGAGGAAGCCAUGUGUGGGGUCCUGCAAAGGAACCGGAAGGGGUCUGCAGAGGGGGCAGGGAGGAAGGUGCAGGCUAGGAGACAGAUAUGGUUGGUGUCUAAGGCAAGGUAAGCCGUGCAAGGUGGGCAUCAUCUCACCCAGCCUGUGCUCGUUCCUGGGCAACUUGCUUCAGGAAGGAAGUUCCAGAACUGUUAGCCCAUCUCCUCACCUUGGAUAACCCAGUAUUUCAGAACUUAGAAUGCAAAGAAAAACUCCAAGAGGCUUUGUAUGUUGGGGUAAAUAGAAAAAGAAUGAGAGGUUAAUUUCUCCUACACCACCUUCUCAAUCUUUUAAUCACUGACCUCUAGUAGUUAAGUUUCAUUUUUGCCCAAUUUCCCUCCUCAACCCCACUCCCCAAGCUAUCCCUGAGCACAUUGUACAUGUUUGCUAGCUCCUGGCCCUGUACCCCAUUUCCAAUCUCUUCUCCAGGCUUGUGCCACAAUACUUCCCUUCUCUAUCCCCAUCCCAGAUUUUCUCCAACCAAACAGGGUUGCUCAGACUUUGAGGCCAAUUAGAUGUGUGUGUAUAUAUCCUGUCCUGCAGCCCUCGGCAGGGGGCAGGGGCACCAGAGCCACCUCAGACAUCCUGAGGAACCCUGACAAAGAGGAGAUGCCGUACGCUACCUUCACAAGAUGAUGUGGGAGCAGUCCGAGCUUUAGCAGUUCUAGGCUGGAUAGAUUCUAGACCCUCCUCCUUGGCCCACCUGUGCCCCACCUGUGCCCCACCCCACUCUGCCCAGAAGUGCAAGAGCCCAAGCCGCCUCCAUGGCCCCAGGACGGAUUCAGGGGAGAGGCCCCAUACAGGGAGCCACUCCAGCCACACAGCCUGGCCAGAAUGGAGCUGACUGAAUUGCUCCUCGUGGUCAUGCCUCUCCUAACUGCAAGACUAACACUGUCCAGCCCGGCUCCUCCUGCCUGUGACCCCCGACUCCUAAAUAAACUGCUUCGUGACUCCCAUGUCCUUCACAGCAGACUGAGCCAGUGCCCAGACGUUAACCCUUUGUCCACACCCGUCCUGCUGCCUGCUGUGGACUUCAGCUUGGGAGAAUGGAAAACCCAGACAGAACAGACCAAGGCACAGGACGUUCUGGGAGCCUCGACCCUUCUGCUGGAGGCAGUGAUGGCAGCGCGGGGACAACUGGGACCCACUUGCCUCUCAUCCCUACUGGUGCAGCUUUCUGGACAGGUCCGCCUCCUCCUUGGGGCCCUGCAGAGCCUCCUAGGAACCCAGCUUUCUGCGCAGGGCAGGACCACAGCUCACAAGGAUCCCAGUGCCAUCUUCCUGAGCUUCCAACGACUGCUCCGAGGAAAGGUGCGUUUCCUGCUGCUUGUAGUGGGACCCACCCUCUGUGCCAAGCGGGCCCCACCUACCACAGCUAUCCCGGGGAACACCUCUCCAUUUCUCAUACUGAACAAGCUCCCAAACAGGACUUCUGGAUUGUUGGAGAUAAACUCCAGUGUCUCAGCCAGAACUACUGGCUCUGGACUUCUGAACAGGCUGCAGGGAUUCAGAGCCAAGAUUCCUGGUCUGCUGAACCAAACCUCCAGGUCCCUAGACCAAAUCCCUGGACACCUGAACAGGACACAUGGACCCCUGAGUGGAAUUCACGGACUCUUUCCUGGACCCACACCGAGGGCCCUAAGAGCCCCGGAUAUUCCUCCGGAAACUUCAGACAUGGACUCCCUGUCACCCUACCUCCAGCCUGGAGAGUCUCCUUCCCCAGCCCAUCCUCCUCCUGGACAGUACACACUCUUCUCUCCUUCACCCACCUUGCCCAUCCCCACGGUCCAGCUCCAACCCAUGCUUCCUGACCCCUCUGCUAUCACACCCAACUCUACCAGUCAUCUUCUAGUUGCAGCCCACUCUCACUUCCGGAAUCUGUCUCAGGAAGAGUAAGGUACUCCGGCACUGCCGACAUCAGCAUCGCCUCCCAAGUACAAUCCCCUUACUCGGAGGAGAGGCCCUGGGAGACAACUGCAGCUAUACAGGCAUACCUCAUUUUAUUGUGCUUCAUUUUAUUAUGCUUUACAGAUACUGCAUUUUUUACAAAUUGAAGGUUUGUGGCAACCCUGUGUUGUCAGAUGAUGGUUAGCAUUUUUUAGCAAUAAAGUAUUUUUGAAUGAAGGUAUGUACAUUGCUUUUUUUUUUU